GCGAUGAGCUCUCCUUCGCCUUGGGCAAGGAGGGGGCCACGCGACGAAAGUUGGCCAAUGCCAGUGGCUGCAUCUUAGAGUACAUUGGCAACAUUGCCUACAUGGCCGGCGUCCACGCAGAGCGGCUGCGCGCUAGGGACUACAUUACCUGGCUGAAGCAGCAGCGAAUCGGCCCCGUCUACAUUGACAUCUCGACCCGCAGCGAUGCUACUGAGGUAAAGGUGCCCCGGGAGCUUACGGGCAUCCUCAAAGGCACAACCCUAAGGGACAUCGAGCACGAAACGGACACUUUCUGCUUCCUGGAGGGUGACGUGGACUCUUCCGAGCGACUUUUGAUCUUUGGCGCAUCAAGAGGGCGACGCCAAGCCGAGAGGAAGGUGCAGGAGCUCAUCCGAGCGCGGCCCCCGCGCCAACCCCAGGAUGAGCUCUUCAAUGGAAAUGGCAAUUACGGCAACAAUGAGGGCCAGCAGCUCACGAAGGCAGAGAUUCGUACUGGCUCGGCCAUCUGC